CAGGCUUCCAUCCAGAUGGAGUGAAGCGUAAUUCCACUCCAUAUUCUUUCUAAUUGUAAAUUUCUUAUCCAACCCAAAAGUUAAAAAAUUACCUAAUGUUUUUAGGUGGAUUUCCCUUGCAAAAUCCAGGUAUCAGUCAACGUUGAUCCCAAAGUAAAUGAUCAUAACUUCUUAUAAGUAUCGAAAAAGGAUGCUGAAUCUGUCAUAUUUAGUGAAAAAUCGAAUAUAAUCCUAUCCAUCUCUAAAUGACCAAAGACUCGUAGAUAUACUCAGUCAAUAAACCUACAGAAGCUACUUGUCACAUCUAAGGCCAAACCAAGAUUUAAAUCCAACGGAAUAGCGGAAGCAGCAGAAGAACCCAAACAUUAGGCAGAUAUGAAACUGGACGUUUACAAACAGAAAUGGUUCGAGCAUUCGUUAUGUAUGCUCAACCACUAAUUACCUCGGAGCACGACUUUCGUUGCUGGAGGAGUAUUUCAAAAAAGUUGGGUAAGGGACCAAAUAAAAGACGUGAUAUUAGUCCGUGAGGUUCUUAGCUGUUGUUCUGAACCAUGUUAGUAGGUAUAAACAACCUAGAUAGGGUUUAAGAGAUUAUGAUGACCAAUAAUUGGAGACUUUAGGUGAAGUGGCUCGAAAUCGGUUGCAGUAAUCCACAUGCAUCUAUCCUUUGUGUACUCCUAGAUCUACCAUGUGUACUUCGGUCCAACUUGACAUACAUCUCAAUAUAUAGGGUAUCAGUAAAUUUUAUGACCAAAUGACUGUUUGAACAACCUGUGAGAUGAAGGGUGUUAUUUGGACUGAUAUCAUCCAGUGAACUAUAGGAAAACAAGUUCCAUUUUGGCAAACUUCCCGAUUAAUGAAUGAAAUUAUGUAGUGUGACGCGUAAUUUAACAAAAAUAUAAUGUACAUUCAAAAGAGUCGCACUUAUGCGGUUUGUGUAUUUUUGAAUCGUUGAAAAGAUCAGGUUCGAAGAGAAGUAUGAAGUCGCAUACUAAUCUCAGCAUUGCUUUUUAUUAUUAGAAGAUCUAAUGAAGCCACAUUCACACGAACUGCUAUUAUUAUAUAUUAUUGAUAAUAAAGCGCUGAAAAUAGUAGGAGGAUAUGCAGUAUCUUUAUUAAUGUAAACGGGUAGUACAGUUGGACUUAUGUUAGGAGUCACAGAAAUGUUUACAGCAAAUAUCUAUGCCGAAAAUCAUCGAAAUCAUCUAGAAAUUUGAUGCACACUAAAGUAUAUUCACGACGGUGGCAACAUAUCCUCUAUAUUUUUUCAUGUUAACUGAAUGGCCUCCGACUUUCAGUCAUUAAUUCACUGGUUCGGAUCCCGCUCCACCUACUUCGGUUUGGGCACCCGAAAAGUAUUACUAGUCCUCACAAUUAUACUGUAGCCUAAAGCCGUGUACAUUUAACUAUGAGUUAUCAUCAUGAUUUUUUUUGUGAUUUAAUUUACAUAUUUGCAGACUGAAAUAAUCCAUUUCUUCCAUCAAAUAUGUAAAGCUUGGACUUGUUGUUUCAGGAAAACGCAUGUGAUAACCCCUCAUUCCUUUAAAGACUAUGCCACCAUCUACUAUGACUUUCGAUUUUUGCGGUUAGGUUGGAUAUUCCAUGUAACUACAUGAAUGCAUAAUACGGUUACCAAAUAUUGUUGAUUGAUAUCAACUCCCUGAAAAUGAGACAGCUUAUGCAAUGUUUUAAAAGUUAAAAAAUAAGUAGCCCAAAACACUAUAAAAUUCUACAUAUUCCAUAUUUUUUGCUGACGUUAACGCGAUGAAUUUUUCAUGUUUCAGAUAUGUAUAUGAGAGACUGUAUUAUUCAUCGCUAAUCAAAUGUUAGAGGAAAGACUACAUUUGGAGUUGGAAAAUCUAAAAACUGAUGUGAGUUACAAAACAUUAUAAUAUCAGCACUAUGAUUAAUAGCUGACAGUGACUGCUCAGCAACUGAAUGCCAAGACACAAGCAGUUUCAAUUUUGAACGCCUCAUUGGAAAAGUGCAAAAAAGAGAGAAAUGAGUUCAAGAGAAUGGCAGAACAAGUAUUUUCUUAGUCUAUCUUCGACGUCUUUUAGGUAAUGAAUCGAUACCAGAUGCUUAAAAAAACUCUUAUGGAAUGUGAUAAAGCAGACCAAUAUUCUACCCCUGAUAUAAUGCAUUUAUCGACUAAACAACUUGCUUCUUUGUUAGUUGAAAGCAGAGAAGCUAACAAAAGUUUAGAACAUGAACUAAUGAAUUCUCGCGAAAAAAUUGAAGAACUCCAAGGAGAUAUUAAGGUGUUGAGGAGACAACUUAGCGAUCGUUCAUGUGAAAACCAGCACACAAUGGAUCCUAGAAUUUCUGGAAAUGAUCGCCAAACCUACGUAACUCAGUUGGAAGAGCUUACUUUUCAGGUUUCUGAACUCAAACGCGAAUUGGGGCAAUGUUUUGAUGAGAAACAAGAAAUUGCAACGGAACGAGAUAUAUAUCGUAAUAAAUGUGAUCGACUGAACAAUGAAUUAAAUUAUAUUUUAAGUGGAGAUGAACGAAAAAUUCAAGAUAUCGAUACCUUAAUAACUGAAAGCAGAAUCUUGAAAGAGCAAAUCCAGUCGUUGGAAAUGGAAAAGUCUUUAGCAUUGAGCACAGUAACUAAAUAUAAAAAACUUUUAGAUCGAAAGUUGUCAAAAAACUCAUCAGUUAGCAGUGAAAGUUGUAUAACACCAGCAACUUCACCUAAACAUCAAGAGAAGACAAUUUGACAUGGAACAACAUUUCACUGAAGAUGCUCUUGAAACAGCUUUCAGAUGGAUGAGUAACCUGCAUUCGUAUUAUGCAUUCAAAUCAUGAUACCUUGAGACAUUGUCAUUCAACAUCGCUGUGAUAUAUAUGCUCGUGUGA